ACUCAAGUAGAAGAGGGCAUCGUCACGCCAUCAACAGCUACAGAGACCGUCAUAGCUAUCCAAGUUGAGUCAGAAGAAAAACGUAAACCAACUAACCAAAAUGAUAAAAAAGACAAGGAGAUACUAGCCGAUUAUUCAAAGAGACUUGAAGUUGGAGGGCGAAAGGUUUUAGUUGUUGAUAAUGAAGAUAAUGUUGUUAGCGGUGAAAGAGCAACGAGCUGUUGUGUCUUAGGGUCUCCAGAGCAUGUUGCAGCGCUUAAAGCCAAAAUAGAUGAAUUAAAAUUGAACUCGGAAAGAAUAGAAAGAGAAAAACAAGAAGCUCUUUCUCAAUCUGAAUUAGUAUCAAAACAACUCGAUACCCUUGUUGGGGAAUUAAAACAAUUAGGUCACAGCACAGAUUCAAACUCUGAACAAUCGAUACAUGCGACUGUUCAUACUUUUGGAGCACUCCAGAAAUUGGAAAUUAUUGCGGAUGAAGAUGAUGAAGAACAUGUAUAUGAUAGAUUAAUUCGUCCCCCUCGUGUACGUCAAUAUUGGCACGAUGGUACAUUGCAUCGUGAAUUGGAAGAAAGAUCAUCAAGUUUCACGGAAUUGUUUUGGGACUUGGUGUUUGUUGGGGUUGUUGGUGCAUUGGGUCAUAAUUUGGCGGAUAAUAUCUCGGUUAAGGGUACAAGAAGUUUAGAGCAAUUUUUUAAUACAUUUUAUCCAGUUUGGCGUAUAUGGCUUGAUGUUCAGGUUUAUUUAAAUAUGUAUAGCUCGGAUGAUCUAGUUCAAAAGUUUCUGAUGCUAUGGGAGCAACCGGUCGAAUUUGCAUAUGUGAUUGGGCGUAUGUCCCUUUAUUUUCUAUAUAUGGGCUUGGCUCGAGUGAUUCCACUAUUUCGUGCUUCAUUUGUCACCACUGCUUGGGGGAUUUUUAUACCAUGUGUUUUGUGGAUUGUCGCUAUUUUUGUUCCUGACGAGAACAAGAAAGCAUUGAUUUGGUCAGCGAAUGCGUUUGAUAUUUUUUGGCACGGAUUCAUUCCGCUCUAUAAUCGAUUUGGUACUAAAAACCCGGCUAAUCACGUACACACGAGGGAUUUUAAAAGAAUAGAGACUCUAACAGAUGAGAAAACGGGGGCUAAAAGUGGUGGUGAAUUACCCCCGGUAUCACCGAUCUCUCCUCUUAAUGCGAAGCCUAAUCGUGUAAUCAAAACAAGAGGCACCGAAUAUCAAUGGAAACAUAGAGAUUGGUUCAGUGUAUUUAAAAUUCAAGAAUAUCGACCCGCUUUGAAUAUUGAACAUUGGAGUGAGCGUCUUGGGAUUUUCAUUAUUAUUUGCAUCGGUGAAAUGGUUUUUGCUAUUAUACAUGAAAGUUGGAAUGUAAAACCUGAUUGGAUAUUGGGAAAAUCGAUUAUGGGUUUAUUGUUGGCAUACAAUUUACAUUGGAUAUAUUUUGAUGUGGAUGCCAGUCGACAAUUUCAACACGCAUUACGAAGACACGUGAUAACCGGCUUAUCGUUUGGUUUAAUACAUUUCCCUUUGGCGAUGUCAUUGAUCGCAAUGGGAGAUUCUUUAUCAGUGAUUGUCGCGGCCCGAGAUUUUUCGGGUGGAGAUCACAUUCCUACAGGCCCUGACUCUGGUAGUCAUGGUGAAGACGUGCAAGCCGCAUCUACUUCUGCUACACAAACAAGCGUUGAUAAAACAGUGUAUUGGUUAUUCUCUGGUUCAUUGUCUCUAGCAAUAUAUUCCAUGGCUUUUAUUGGAGUGUUGCAUAAAGGAUUAGAUGUUCAUAAUUCAUUACGAAUUUCAAAGAAAACCCGAAUUACACUUCGAGUAAUAAUUGGAACGAUAUAUCUGGUCCUCCCAGUUGCCAAUCUGAAUUCUCGCGAUUUUCUCGUAACCGUCUCGAUGCUUUCCCUGUUUCUCGUGAUUGUUGAAACAUACGGACGUCUACGAAAGAAAGAUCCAUUGUUUGGUCGAGUCGAUGAUGAUAUCAUCGGCGAUGCGAAUGGGGAAGUAAGUCGUCGGCGAUAUAUUAGAUGGCGAUGGGGUCCUGCUACUUUAAAUCAGAGUCGAUGGUCACGUGGUAUUUUAAAACGAAGACGAAGGAAAAAUCCAUCAGACGAAGGAAACGAGAUUAAGGAAGAGAUUGUAACAGAUGAGGAUGGCACGGUCAUGGUAGAAUUUGAUGAUGAAAGUAAACAUCUGUAA